UGUGUGAAAUUAUUCGCUCUUUCUGUCAGUCCAUCACUCCUAUAAGGAGGGGGUCCAAGUAACGGGGGGCAGACUUUGUAGUACAGAGAGCAACAAGAGCAAUAAAAACUGAAGGGCACGGAUAGACCUGUUUAACUAAGCUUUUGCCACUCCUAAAGAUCCUUCACCCCUGACAGGAUGGAGGACGCCCACGCCAAGUCCCCGGCUGAAUGUCUGGCCUACUUUUCGGUUAGCGAGACCACCGGUCUUACACCUGAUCAGUUCAAGAAGAACCUGGAAAAGUUCGGCUACAAUGAGCUGCCAGCUGAGGAGGGAAAAUCCAUCUGGGAGCUGGUUAUUGAGCAGUUUGAAGAUCUGUUGGUCAGAAUUUUGCUGCUUGCUGCCUGCAUCUCUUUCGUCCUGGCCUGGUUUGAGGAGGGUGAAGAGACUGUUACUGCCUUUGUUGAGCCUUUUGUCAUUUUGCUCAUUCUCAUUGCCAAUGCCAUUGUCGGUGUGUGGCAGGAGCGUAAUGCUGAGAGCGCCAUUGAGGCUCUGAAGGAGUAUGAACCUGAGAUAGGCAAGGUCUACCGUUCUGACAGAAAGAGCGUCCAGAGGAUCAAGGCCAGAGAGAUUGUCCCUGGUGACAUUGUGGAGGUGUCUGUUGGUGAUAAAGUUCCUGCUGACAUCAGGCUUACUGCUAUCCGAUCCACCACCCUUCGCGUUGACCAGUCCAUCCUUACUGGUGAGUCUGUCAGUGUGAUCAAGCACACAGAUGCUGUCCCCGACCUUAGAGCUGUCAAUCAGGACAAAAAGAACAUGCUUUUCUCUGGCACAAACAUUGCUGCUGGCAAGGCUAUUGGAGUUGCUGUCGCUACUGGUGUAUCCACUGAGAUUGGUAAAAUCCGUGACCAGAUGGCCGCCACAGAGCAGGAGAGAACCCCUCUGCAGCAGAAACUGGAUGAGUUUGGUGAGCAGCUCUCUAAGGUUAUCUCUCUGAUCUGUGUCGCUGUCUGGAUGAUCAACAUUGGUCACUUCAAUGACCCCGUCCAUGGUGGAUCCUGGAUCCGUGGCGCUGUCUACUACUUCAAGAUCGCUGUUGCUCUGGCUGUGGCUGCAAUCCCUGAGGGUUUGCCUGCUGUCAUUACUACCUGCCUUGCUCUUGGUACCAGACGUAUGGCCAAGAAAAACGCCAUUGUCCGUUCACUGCCCUCUGUGGAGACUCUGGGCUGUACCUCUGUCAUCUGCUCUGACAAGACUGGCACCCUGACCACCAAUCAGAUGUGUGUGACUAAAAUGUUCAUCAUUGAUAGAAUUGAGGGUGAUCACGUUGAUCUGAACUGCUUUGAUAUCUCUGGCUCCAAGUACACACCUGAGGGUGAGGUCACAAAGGGGGGUGCCCGUGUUGACUGCAGUCAAAUUGACGGUUUAGUUGAGUUGGCCACCAUUUGUGCCCUGUGCAACGACUCCUCCCUUGACUACAACGAGUCCAAGAAGAUCUAUGAGAAAGUCGGUGAGGCCACUGAAACUGCUUUGUGCUGCUUGGUUGAGAAGAUGAAUGUUUUCAAGUCCAACGUCAACAACCUGUCCAAGAUUGAGAGAGCAAAUGCUUGCUGUAGUGUUAUUAAGCAGCUAAUGAAGAAGAACUUCACCCUGGAGUUCUCCCGUGACAGGAAAUCCAUGUCUGUGUACUGUACCCCUACCAAGGGUGAUGCAGGCUGCAAAAUGUUUGUAAAGGGUGCUCCAGAGGGUGUGAUUGACAGGUGUACCUAUGUACGUGUUGGUGCUACUCGUGUACCCCUGACUGGAAUUGUAAAGGAUAAGAUCUUGGCCACCAUCAAGGAGUGGGGUACUGGCCGUGACACUCUGCGUUGCCUGGCACUGGCCACCCGUGACACUCCCCUGAAGGUUGAGGAAAUGAAUCUUGAGGAUUCUACUAAAUUUGGUGACUAUGAGACUGACUUGACCUUCGUUGGCUGCGUUGGUAUGCUGGAUCCCCCCCGUAAAGAGGUUACUAGCUCCAUUGAGCUGUGCAGAGCUGCUGGCAUUCGUGUUAUCAUGAUCACUGGUGACAACAAGGGCACCGCUGUUGCUAUCUGCCGUCGUAUUGGCAUCUUUACUGAGGAUGAGGAUGUGACUGGCAAGGCUUACACUGGCCGUGAGUUUGAUGACCUGCCCCGUGCUGAGCAGAGCGAGGCUGUCUGUAGGGCAUGCUGCUUUGCCCGUGUUGAGCCCUCCCACAAGUCUAAGAUUGUUGAGUUCCUGCAGGGCUACGAUGAGAUUACUGCUAUGACUGGUGAUGGUGUCAAUGAUGCCCCUGCCUUGAAGAAGGCAGAAAUUGGCAUUGCCAUGGGCUCUGGCACUGCCGUUGCCAAGUCAGCCUCGGAGAUGGUCCUCGCCGAUGACAACUUUUCUUCUAUUGUGGCAGCUGUUGAGGAAGGCAGAGCUAUUUACAACAACAUGAAGCAGUUCAUUCGUUACCUGAUUUCUUCUAAUAUUGGAGAGGUCGUCUGUAUUUUCCUGACUGCUGCUCUUGGUCUGCCUGAGGCUCUGAUCCCAGUCCAACUGCUUUGGGUGAACUUGGUGACUGAUGGUCUGCCCGCCACUGCCCUGGGCUUCAACCCCCCCGAUCUUGAGAUUAUGGGCAAGCCCCCCCGCUCCCCCAAAGAGCCCCUGAUCUCUGGUUGGCUGUUCUUCAGAUACAUGGCCAUUGGUGGAUAUGUGGGUGCUGCCACUGUGGGUGCUGCCGCCUACUGGUUUAUGUAUGAUGAUGAGGGUCCUCAUGUCACCUACCACCAGCUGUCUCACUUCAUGCAGUGCCACGAAGAGAAUGAGGACUUCGUUGGCCUUGACUGUGAGGUGUUUGAGGCUGCUCCACCCAUGACCAUGGCUCUGUCUGUCCUGGUCACAAUUGAGAUGUGCAACGCCCUCAACAGUUUGUCUGAGAAUCAGUCCCUCUUGCGUAUGCCCCCAUGGAGUAAUGGCUGGCUAGCGGCUGCCAUGACCCUCUCCAUGUCCCUCCACUUCAUGAUCCUCUAUGUGGACCCCCUGCCUAUGAUUUUCAAGUUGACUCACUUGAACGUAGAACAGUGGAUGGUGGUACUAAAGCUUUCUUUCCCUGUUAUCCUCAUUGAUGAGGUGUUGAAGUUCGUCGCCCGUAACUAUGUAGAUGUCUAAACAGUCCCACCUCCCAGUUUUCAAGUAACAGAAGCAAGGUAAAGCGUGAAAUGCAAAGACAAAGAUGUGGGAGUGAAAAAAACGGAAGAUGAAGAAGAGAAUAGCAAGAGAAUGAAUGAGGAAGGAUGGGAGAAGAGAGUAUUUACAUCUAUAGCUCUCAUGAGCCCAUCCACAGAAUGGAGAGCACAAAGUUAUUGGAAAAUAUUUAAAAAAAAAAAAACACACAGAAAAACUAAAAAUACUAAGUUUAGGAACAGAGAUUAAUAUAUAGGUCAGCCCUUCCAAAUUAGUGUUUGAAUGAUGAAUUGUUUUAUUCUUAAAAUGUAUUAAACGUUUUUUUGUUAAAAUUGUA